CCCACUUUUUCCUCUGAAAGUAAUUUUACUGUCUGCUCUCAUUCUGCAACAUAACCCUCUCAAUCAAAGUAUCGAUUCUCUACUUCUUCGAUGAUGAGUCGGUUACUUCUCUGCUCAGUAUCAUCUUUCUCGAAUCUUGAUUAGGGUUCCCACUCUCUUGGUCAAAAGUUUGACUGGCACGAUUCUUGAAGUAGUGAGCGCUACUCCUCCCCCUGUCACCUUCAUUUUUGUUCAGCAAAUUCGGGAAACUUCAGGUCGCUGAUACUUCUGCUGCUCUAAAGUGUAUAAAGAUUUCUACUUUUAAGUCGAUCGAACCAUCUGAUAAGGCAUUCUGAGGAGGUGGGUUUGUUUCUGUGAAUGAGUACUGUAGUUCGGGUUGAGCCAGCUACUUGAAGUGAUGAUUCUUUCUGCACUAUUGACAUCGGUUGGAAUCAAUCUUGCUCUUUGUUUUCUGUUUUUUGCAUUGUAUUCCAUAUUGAGAAAGCAGCCAGGCAAUGCCGGUGUAUAUGCACCAAGACUGGUUGCUCAUGGCAAAUCCCAAGAGAGAGGGGAUUUCAGCUUGGAGAGGUUAUUACCGUCUGCUGGUUGGGUCAGAAUGGCAUGGCAACCCUCAGAAGAUGAGCUUUUAUCAGUUUCCGGUUUGGACGGCGUAGUAUUCAUGCGCAUUUUUAUCUUCAGUUUGAGGAUCUUCACUUUUGCUGCGGUUAUUGGGGUUUUUAUUCUUCUUCCUGUUAAUUAUAUGGGUGAUCAGCCAAGUCUCGACUUCACGGGCGUGCAAAAUAAAACUCUGGAAACUUUCACCAUCUCAAAUGUGGGUGAUGGCUCAAACAGGUUGUGGAUUCACUUUUGUGCUGUGUAUGUUUUCACGAUGUUUGUUUGCUGCCUUCUUUAUUUUGAACAUGCAAAUAUCUCAGCCAAAAGAUUGGCGUGUUUCUGUUCAUCGAAACCUCAGCCACAAGAGUUUACUGUUUUAGUCCGAAGCAUCCCAGUAACCUCUGGGAGAAGCGUCAGCAAUACUGUCGAGAGCUUUUUCACAGAAAUUUAUCCUUCUACGUAUCUUUCACAUAAUGUAGUUCGUCGAACAAGCAAACUCAAAAACCUUAUCAAUGAUGCAGAUAAUUUGUAUGGAAAGCUUGUGAGAUUGAGGUCAGGCGACGGGAGCGAGCAAAGGUUCAAGCGUACUGGGUUUAUGGGACUUAGUGGACGUAGAGUUGAUCUUCUGGAACAAUAUGAGAAGCAGUUAGAAGAUGUUGAAGAUAAUGUGAGGACUGAACAAUCUUCAGUUGCAAUGAAGGAAGUCCGGGCUGCUUUUGUAUCUUUCAAGACCAGACUUGGUGCUGCAAUAGCUUUGCAUAUCAGACAAGGGAUAAAUCCCACUGAGUGGACAGCUGAGCGAGCUCCUCAUCCCCAGGAUGUGUACUGGCCUUUCUUUUCAGCAUCUUUUACAAGGAGAUGGAUUUGCAGCAUUCUUGUCAUUGUUGCAUUCACCGUUCUCACUGUUUUAUUUCUCAUACCUGUUUUAAUAGUACAAGGUCUUACUAAUUUGGACCAGCUGGAGGGUUUCUUCCCUUUUCUGAAAAGUAUUCUGAGAAUAUCGUUCAUCAGUCAUGUGGUCACUGGAUAUCUUCCUAGUCUUAUUCUUCAACUGUUUCUCUAUUUUGUACCACCCAUCAUGGUCGUAUUCUCCUCCAUACAAGGAUACGUUGCUCUAAGUGAGAUUGAGAAAAGUGCCUGCAUCAAAGUACUGUGGUUUAGCAUAUGGAACAUCUUUUUUGCAAAUGUAUUAUCAGGAUCCGCUCUCUAUCGUUUCAGUGUUCUUCUUGAACCUAAGGAAAUUCCGAACUUAUUAGCUGUUGCAGUUCCUGGCCAGGCUACUUUUUUCAUUGCAUACGUCGUGACUUCUGGAUGGACUGGUACUGCCUUAGAACUUGUUCGAUUUAUGCCACUCAUAUCUAGCUUCAUGCAAAGGAAAUUUUGUGGGAGUUCUAAUGACGAAUUGGAAGUGCCAUCAAUUCCUUACCAUGGUGUAAUUCCUAGGAUUCUCUUUUUUGGCCUUCUUGGUGUAACAUACUUCUUCCUUGCACCUCUCAUUUUGCCUUUUCUCUUGGUUUUCCUCUGUAUGGGAUACAUAAUCUACCGAAACCAGCUAUUAAACGUUUAUGUACCCAAAUUCGAUGCUGAUGGAAAGUUUUGGCCCAUAGUACACAAUUCAACAAUAUUCUCAUUAGUUUUGAUGCAUAUCAUUGCGAUUGGAAUAUUUGGCCUGAAGGAUCUGCCACUGGCUUCGAGCUUAACAAUUCCUCUUCCAAUCCUCACUCUUAUAUUCAACAACUAUUGCCAGAGACGUUUCCUGCCUACCUUCAAGACUUAUUCUGCUGAGAGUUUGAUAAAGAAAGACAGAGAUGACCAAAACGACCCUACAAUAUCUAGUUUCUAUGAGGAACUUGCAACUGCAUACCAGGAUCCUGCUCUGGUGCCCGUUCGGUAUUCUACCAAUGGUGAAAGAAUAAACUCUCCCCUUCUUGGAGUUCCUGAGUCUUGAACUUGAGAGAGGUAUUCUGUCAUUUCAAGCUUCAUUUCAGUCACAAUCUACUGGAGAUGUGCAUGAGUGGGAAAAGAAAUCACAAUUUUCAUCCUGAUGCUCUCAGCUGGAUUUGUUGUGUAGAACGCAUGAUUGGUGGAUCAAUCACACUGGGCUCGUUACGUUUAAUCCUUCUGUAUUUUCUUCUUUUCAUACUGUUUCGGUCUCAGUGUUCUAGAUGCAAUUCCUCACAUUUUAUUUAUUACAGGAGCAUUGUUAUGCAACUACUUUAGCUUCCCUUUUUCUUUUCCCCCUUAUGGGCAUGAUUGUGGUAGGACUAAUAUGUAUAACCAGAAUACUGCUUGAAUUUUCGACAUGAAGGAUGUAUACCGUCCACUAAUAUGUAGUCACUCUUCCUCGCUGUUUCAUGCAAAAGCAGCAGCAGCAGCAUUAUUGUUGAUUUUCA